AUGGAGGUCCCAGCUCACGAGCUGUUCCAAAGACUGUCGACGUCGAUCUCAAAGCUACACUCAGGCCCACCGCCUGAGAAUGUCCUUCCCUCAACGAAUACGUUGAGUGCUGCUCGCUCUAUGCUUCACUCCCACCUCCAGAGCCAGGGCGUGGGUCUCGAAGAAAGCAUACGGCACAUACAAGAGGACCUCGCCCCAGCCUUCAACAGUAGUUCCCGCUCUCCUAACUACUACGGCUUUGUAACCGGUGGUGCGACACCUGUAGCACUUCUUGCCGACAACCUGGUCACAGCCUAUGACCAAAACGUGCAAGUUCACCUACCAAAUGAGACCAUCGCCACAGACGUGGAGGAUCGAGCUCUUUCUCUAUUGUGCGAGUUGCUCAAUUUCGCACCAGAGCAAUGGCCACACCGCAUAUUUACCACAGACGUCGAGAUUAGCGUUGGCGAACUUGGUAUCACGGAAGCUAUGCGGAAAGCUGGUAUCGACGAGAUCCAAAUCUUGACCACGGUACCGCACUCAUCGCUGAGCAAGGCGGCAAGCAUACUAGGUCUGGGGCGGACGAGCGUCAAGUGUCUAGGAGAGCCAGAUGCGCCGCACAAAUUCGACAUGCAGCUACUCAAGAAGUCUCUUGAGCGACCUGGUGCCGCAUCGAUCGUGGCUAUCUCUGCAUCCGAAGUCAACACAGGAGUCUUUGCGACUUCUGGGUUAGAAGAAAUGCAGGAGAUGCGAAAGCUGUGCGACAUGUAUGGAGCAUGGAUACAUGUGGAUGGUGCGUUUGGGCUCUUCGGCCGCAUAUUGACCUCACCCGCGUACUCCUCUAUCACCCAGGCUUGUGAAGGUCUUGAGCUUGCGGAUUCGAUCACAGGUGACGCGCACAAGCUGCUCAACGUGCCAUACGACUGUGGCUUCUUCUUCUCUCGACACCGCAACAUCGCUGAACGCGUAUUCCAGAAUCCGAACGCGGCAUACCUCGCUUCUGGGAACGACGCGAACGCCAUCAUGUCACCACUGAACAUUGGACUCGAGAACUCACGACGAUUCCGAGCGCUGCCGGUUUACGCCAACCUUGUUGCGUAUGGUAAAGAGGGCUAUCGUGCGAUGUUGGAACGACAGAUUGAACUCUCGCGAGGAAUCGCAAGAUAUAUUCUGGAGACUGAUGGAUAUGAGCUCCUCCCUCAACACGAUACUCCUCAGGAAGACGUCGUAAACAGCAUAUACAUCAUUGUACUGUUCCGUGCAACAGAUGAAGCACUGAACAAUCAACUGGUCAAUAAGAUCAAGGCAACGAGGAAAAUAUAUGUGUCAGGUACAGCAUGGGACGGGAAGCCAGCUUGUAGAUUUGCAGUUUCUAACUGGAUGACGAACGCCGAGAGGGAUUUGCCCAUCAUCAAACAGGUGUUGCAAGCCAUAUUGUCCGACAAAGAGAGUGUACAGUCGAAAUAG